GCAACAAGCCUAGCUUACAUAUAUAGCCAUCAGUGGUCAGUGGUGUGAUCAGUUGGAAUCUAGCUAGCUAGAAGGUAUAGAGAUAUUAGUGAUGGCCCCGGCCUUUCUCUCCGACGAGCUCGCCGUCACGGUGUUGGCGGAGAGGCUGUAGAAGGUGUUCAUGGACGCGUCCGCCAUGCCCAAGGUCUGUGCCGGCUUCGUCGACGACAUUGUGGUUGAGGGGAAUGGCGGUCCAGGCACCAUCUACACCAUGAAGCUUAACCCCGAUGCGGGAGUCGGGAAUACAUACAAGACCCGAGUGGCGGUGUGUGACAAUGCAGCACGCGUGCUAAAGUCAGAGGUGCUGGAGGCAGAAAGCAAGGUGGGCAAGCUCAAGUCGCACUCGACGGAGACGAAGCUGGAGGGCACCGGCGAUGGCUCCUGCGUGGCCAAGCUCAAGGUGGAGUACGAGCUCGCCGACGGCAGCUCGCUGUCGCCGGAGCAGGAGAAGACGAUGGUCGACGGCUACUUCGGCAUGCUCAAGAUGAUGGAGGCGUACCUCGCCGCUCACCCUGCCGAAUUCGCCUGAAAACUGUCUCAACCAACACAAUCCAUGGCUGAUAAUUAAAUAAUGCGAGCUCCAAUUUUCUCGUGGCGUUUGAUUUUUUUGAGAGCAGUUAAUAAUUUGUGAUAUUGUGUUGUAUGUGCCUAGCUAGCUAUGUAUGCCGUACGUACGAGCAUGUACUUUUACUUCGAUAAUGAAUAAAGAGACAAACAUCUGAACAUGUGUUGUGGUUGAA